AUGGGAGAAGAGAAGGUGAGCAAAAAGAAGCAAAAGGCGCUUUUGUUCAGGAAAUCCAAGGAGGAUAGAGAAGCUGAGGUUGCCGAGAAGAAAGAAAGAAAAGAAAAGGAAACCGAGACAAAAGAGCAGAGUCUGGAAAAUGACUUGAAGAGGAAAGCUGAAGACCCAGAACAGCCCAAGAAGAAGAGGAAAACCAGAAGAGGCAAAAAGGGUAAAGGUGUCAACGGCGGCACCGGGCCCCGUUUUCUUCUUUUUGUGGGGAAUCUUCCCUACGACAUCCAGCAGGCCGAGUUGGUGGCCCAUUUCAAGAAUGCCAAUCCUGACCGGAUCAGGAUCCGUAAAGAAAAGGGUAUUGCCUUUUUGGAGUUCGACAACGACAACAGCGAGAUCCAGAGCAAGAUGGAGCAUGCUCUUCGUAUGCACAAGUCGACGUUGCGGAACAGAAAGAUCAAUGUCGAGCUUACUGUUGGAGGAGGAGGUAACUCUGACGCCAGAACGCAGAAGUUGAAGGAGAAGAAUGAAAAACUAGAGGAGGAGCGCAGAGAAAGAAUCAAAAAACAGGCUGCCGAAGCCAAGAAGGAGGCCAAGGAGGCCGGAGCACCGGCGCCAGCACCAGGCCAGCCAGCCAUGCAUCCAGCCAGAGCUGCCCUCCUCAAGUAG